AUGAAGAACAUCAAUGGAGUGAACAAUCCCAUAGUACCAGGUGUGAAACUCUCAAAGAAAGGAGGAGGAGCCGAGGUAGACAUCACACUCUACAAACAAAUGAUAGGCAGCCUAAUGUACCUCAAUGUUACACGACCUGGCUUGAUGUUUGUUGUAUGUCUGGCUAGUCGAUACAUGUCUGCACCUACUGAAGCACAUUUUCAGGUAGUAAAGAGGAUUCUUCGAUACAUUAAAGGUACCAUGGAGUUUGGAAUACUAUACAGACGAGGAGGAGAUGAGAAAGUGCUAUCAUAUACAGAUAACGAUUAUGCCGGUGAUCUAGAUGAUCGUAAAAGUACAUCAGGUUUUGUUUUUUUAAUGUGUGGAGGAGUCAUUGCCUGGAGUUCAAAAAAACAGCCCAUUGUUGCUCUGUCAACCACAGAGGCCGAAUACAUAGCAGCAGUAUCAUGUGCAACUCAAGGAAUUUGGAUGAAGAGAAUACUUGCCAAGAUUGGAAAGAAUCAUGAUGAUUAUAUUGUGAUUAGAUGUGAUAACAGUUAUACAAUUCAACUUUCAAAGAAUCCGGUAUUUCAUGGUCGAAGCAAGCACAUUGAGGUAAGAUUUCAUUAUCCGAGGGAUCAAACUAGAGAGGGAAGAGUGAAGCUGAUACAUUGUGGAACACAAGAUCAAGUAGCCGAUAUUAUGACAAAGCCACUUAAGCAAGCUCGACACAUUCACAAGAUUAAGGAAGAUGCUAGGAGUGCUGGAGGUUCCUAA